GCAGCUGUAGAUUCGCACACAACUGUAGUCAGUCUUGGAAUCUGAGCGCUGCCAAGAGGCAAGCACAGACGCCAGCACCGUAUUUCCAUGAGGAUGACAUGCUCUGAGAAGAGCACAGCACACCGUUUUGUUCAGGGAAUCAAAGGAGGAUCAAAGCCAAUUCUACAAUGACAGGGUUGCUGAUGUUGCCAUCUACAUCACUUUCGAUUCAGCGCCGCCCCCCCUCUUAGCUUAUUCAUAAGAAUUGCGGUCGACUCGACGAUCGAUUGGCUACAAUGAUAAUGAAUCACUUCCUCUGGCUGCUUCCACUGAUCUUUGCCCACCUGAGCUCUCCAGUCAUAUUGCUGGAGAAGAGUGAUGGAAAUCUCCUUCGCAACUGGAAUCAUAUGAUGGAGGAUGAUACAAUUGUGCUGCACAGAUCCAGAAGGGAUUGGAUGUGGAGGCAAUUCUUCCUGUCGGAGGAAUACACAGGAAGCAACUAUCAGUAUGUCGGCAAGCUUCGCUCAGACAAAGACCGAGGUGACGGAACAGCCAGAUACGUUCUCUCGGGGGAAGGUGCAGGCACAGUUUUUCGUAUCGACGAGAAGUCUGGGGAUUUACAUGCUACUCAGAGACUGGACAGAGAGGAAAAGGCCUCAUACACACUGCAGGCUCAAGCUUUCAACAAGAUCACCGGCCUCCCUUUGGAGCCUGCCACUGAAUUCGUUGUCAAGAUACAUGACAUCAAUGACAAUGAGCCCAAAUUUACCAAGGCUGUCUACACUGCCAGUGUACCUGAAAUGUCAGACGUCGGUACUUUUGUGUUAGAAGUAAAUGCCACUGAUGCAGAUGAUGCCACAUAUGGGAACAGUGCUAAACUUGUUUACAGCAUCCUGCAAGGGCAACCAUACUUCUCAGUGGAGCCCGAGACAGGAAUUGUCAGAAUAGCCCUGUCAAACAUGGACCGGGAAGUGAGAAACGAGUACCAGGUGGUUAUACAAGCUAAAGACAUGGCAGGACAGAUGGGUGGCUUAUCUGGAACUGCCAUGAUCAACAUCACCCUUACAGAUGUGAAUGACAGCCCGCCACGUUUUGCUUACAGUUCUUACCACCUAAGCACUUAUGAGUCAGCCAAUAUUGGGUCAACAGUGGGGCGAAUACGAGCCAAUGAUGGUGAUGAAGGAGAAAACGCUGAAAUGAAAUACAGAAUUAUGGAUGGAGAUGGCAAAGAAUACCUUGAUAUUAUUACAGAUGAGAUAACACAAGAGGGUGUUAUUGUUGUCAAAAAGAAACUGGACUAUGAAAGCAAGCGAGUAUACACUGUGAAAAUUGAAGUGUCUAACACACAUCAGGACCCCAACUUCUUACAUCUGGGGCCGUUCUCAGACACAGCCAUCGUCAAGGUCACAGCCAAAGAUGUGGAUGAGCCACCGAUCUUCAGCAGACCUCAGUAUGUCUUUGAGGUCAAUGAGGAUACACCAAAAGGCACUGCAAUUGGAACCAUUACAGCCUGGGACCCCGAUGCAACCGAUUAUCCAAUCCUAUACGCAAUAGAUCAACACACAGACCCUGAGAAGCUUUACCACAUCGACCCCAGGAAUGGAUCCAUCACAAUUCUGAAGUCUCUUGACAGGGAAGUGUCAAAGUGGCACAACCUAUCCAUCCUGGCCAGCGAGAUGAAUAACCCUCACCAAAGAAGCCGCAUUCCUGUCUUGAUAAAAGUUUUGGACGUAAAUGAUAAUGCUCCAGAGUUUGCCAUGAUAUAUGAGACAUUUGUGUGCGAGAAUGUAAAAGCUGGGCAGCUCAUACAGACAAUCAGUGCAAUCGACACGGAUGAACCUCUUGUGGGUCACAAAUUUGUAUUCAGCUUGAGUUCCCCGAAUUCAAACUUCACCAUCUUUGAUAAUGAAGAUAACACAGCCAGGAUUCUGACCAGAAGAAGUGGAUUUAACAGGCGUGAAAUGAGUGUCUACUAUCUGCCAGUUGUUAUCUCCGACAGCGACUACCCCAUCCAGAGCAGUACGAGCACGUUGACCAUACGUGUGUGUAGUUGUGACGCCACUGGCAACAUGCGUUCCUGCAGCGUUGAUGCAUUACUGCUCUCUGCUGGCCUGAGCACUGGAGCUCUAGUGGCAAUCCUCCUCUGCAUCCUCAUCCUCCUAAUGAUCGUGGUCCUGUUCUCGGCUCUAAAGAAGCAGAGGCGGAAGGAACCGCUGAUCAUCUCCAAAGAGGACGUAAGAGACAACGUGGUCAGCUAUAACGAUGAGGGCGGUGGUGAGGAGGACACGCAGGCAUUUGACAUCGGCACACUGCGCCACCCAGAGGUGAUCGAAAGCAACAAGUUAAGGCGUGACAUCAUCCCGGAAAUGCUGUUUCCGUAUCACAGACCUUCAACCAUGAAGGAGUGCGCAGAUGUCAGAGACUUCAUUAUUAGCAGACUGCAAGAAAAUGACACGGACCCUUUUGCACCUCCCUACGACUCCCUCGCCACUUAUGCUUAUGAGGGCAGUGGAUCCAUCGCGGAGUCACUGAGUUCUCUAGAAACUUCUGUUACUGAAGGAGACCAUGAAUACGAUUACCUCUCUAACUGGGGGCCGGAGUUUAAAAAGCUUGCUGACAUGUACAUUGGGAAGGAUACAGGAACGGCCAAUUAAGAUGCCAUUCAAGACUUCAUAUGCUCUUUAUGUGAACUUGCUGGGCUACGAGACAUAAAGGAAACAGAAAGAAGACACAAAGGAUAUGCUUCAAUUGUUUUUUUCAAAGUUGUUUUCUAACAACACACGCUGAAUUUCAGUUCUAUGAUGGAUUUUUGUGGAUGGUGUUGUGGUAAGGUGAUUUAGUGAUGAUAUUGUUUUUUGUUCACUUGCAGAAAAACAUGACUAAAAGCAAAAUGAAUGGAUGAUUUUGUGAAUAUAAACAUGACAAGACUGCCUUCAUCUUAUGACAGAUUAUAUAUGACUCCCUGUUCCUCCACCUAUAUGGUACAAUAUCCGGGAAUUACAUAUCAGUACUACAGAUACAAAUAUGGUGUGUUUCAUGGUCCUAUGGUGUUAUGACAAGUAAACAUUUUGAAGUAAAACAAAAGAAAGAGCAGUGAGAUAGGGAGAGAGAGAAAGACCACAUACAGUAAAUGCUUUAAAGGGGUCAUCGGAUGAAUUUUUAACUUUUUUACUUUUUAGAUAUUUAAUUAUGUAUGUCAGCUCAGUAAAGCUAAAGUAAAAAACAUGAAGUCAGUUAGUUAUAAACUGUGAGUCUGAAACUGUGUCUUUCAGCAAGCCGUUCCAAAUUUCCUCUGCUUGUUACGUAGGUAGCUAGUUCUUUAAAUAAAACCACCCCCGAACUAGUGUUAAUUUUGUCACAUAUUUUUUAUUUAGUCUUACCGUGGGUGAGGCGUCAAAUUCACGUCAACCACGUCUAGUUUACUAUCUUCAUUCAUGCGUGAAAGCUGCGUCAUGGGAGGGGCUUCUGCGACUCCGCUCACUUUCUGUAAUCACGUCACUACUAGAGCAAACUCCUGAUUGGUUAACGUGACGUGUUUUUGCGCCAAAGUUCAGAUUUUCAACUCACGCAUUUUCCGCGGCAACGCUCAACUCACGUUCGCAAAUGCAACUUGUUCCGUAUUUGGUAGUAAAUGCUCAUAUGCAUCCCUACAUCGAACCACAGCCUUAAAGGAAACAAACGCAAAUGUGACUGAUUUUAUAUAUGAAGAAUUAAAUUUGCGUGCGUGUGCCAAACACUUUACACCGGACUGUUUCGUCAACAAUACAGCAACAUGAUCUCACAAAGUUCCGUGGCAUAGUCACGGAAUUUUGUGCUCAUUUUUCCGUGGCAUUCUCACGGAUCUCCGCAUUUUUCCGUGGCCCUGCUACGGACUGUCUUUUUCCGUGGCAUUCUCACGGAUUGGUUACUCAACUGCUUUUUCCUAUUUUCAAACCAUUUUCGCUUCGGUUUAGGGUUAGAUUUGGUGUUUGCAUUAGUAUGUCACUUUAACUAUUGGUUUAUAUAAUUUUUUCUGAUGUAUUCUUUUAUAUUUUCUAAACUUUAAACAAUUGUCGC